AUGAGCUUUCCCACCGCCUACACCCCCCUCGAGUCGCUCCUCCUUUUCCAGGCCCUGCGCGCCGAAGGUGUUAACUCCCAUGCUGUAUUCAAUCGCAUUUCGGAGCAACUCAAAAAGGUCAGCUUCGUGCAAGGUGACCCUUCCUACGACAGUGGGAGGUUGAGCCCGGAUGCGCUGCGCGAACUGUACUUGUGGCUGUUGAAGGAGGAGGUGAAGAGGGAUGCGGAGCGGCAGGCGGACAGGGACGAUCUCCUACGGAAUGGCAGUCUGGAUCCGGCGCAGAGGAAGAGGAAGGCCCCCAGUCCGAGCCUGCCCACGGUGCAUGAGGCCAGCCAGCAUGCGCACCUGAUCCCGCAGCUGGUGACGCGAUUGUAUGCGCGGUACAGAGACCAUGCUGUGAAGGGCAUCAGGGAGCAGGAGCGGAAGUAUCAUGCUCUUCAGCGAGACAUUGGUGAGAUUGAAGAAGGGAAGUGGGAUGAGGGCUUGAGGCAGCGGACCGCGUCUCGUACGCAAAGUCCACGGCCUUCUGCUUCCACGCACACUCAACCUGCAGGCCACAAGGUUGAUGGAUCUCACUCAGCAGCAGCAAGUCCGGUACCACCUGGCAAUUCUGCCGACUCAGCGACAACCAAACCGUACAAAGGGAACAAGAUUGGCGAUGUGAUGAACCAUGGACCCGAACCACCGAACGGCACCACCCAUCGAAGGACCUCCUCCGGGACGGUGCUGCCGCCGCUGUCUGAGAUGGCACCGCAGUCGCCACGCUUUGGCAUUCCACCCAAAGUGCCUGGACCCCUGUCGACGCAAGUUCCCAACAACAAUGGCUACCACCAUUCGCCCACAACCGGUCACCAAUCUCCAUACGGAACUCACCACGGACAUCCUGUAUCAAAUUCUAUGGCCAGUCCUCAGGUUCAGAAUGCAUUGUCACGGCCUUCAUCGUCGCCCAGACCAAUACUGCCGCCUCCGCCAGGGAUGAAGUUGCCGCCACCCAGUCCAGGCCCGCACUCUGCUUCGCCAAACAUGCAUGGGCCGCCCGUGUCAGGCCAUCAACAGUAUCCGCACCCACCUCCUCAUCGACUGUCCAAUGCCCAGUCACCAAGCGCCACGUAUGGAUACCCACCACCACACCAGGCGCAUCCUCCGCAUCAACAAGGUUACUAUCAAGCGCCGCAGUAUCAAGACAGAAGGACUUCGUAUCCACCACCUCAGGGGCAGUAUCCGAUGCAGCCACCUCAUGCUGGCGGCUACCAACUCCCACCGUUCCCCGUCGACGGCAGCCAACAAGGCUACGCCUAUCCGUCUAAUUAUGCGCCUCAGCCCGGCUAUCCACCACGACAAUCUCAACACCAUCAGUACCCCCCGAGUGCGCCAACCACCGUCCAGAGACCUCCAGCGCAGGAUCCUCGGCUCGUUUCGGACAUUGUUGCUGCUCUGGCGACGCCGCAGCCAAGACCGAAGUUGAAUAAAAGCUUCAAGCGGCCCCUGCCGACUCUGGAUCUAGGCACACCCAUGCCGUCUCCUGUCACUGAGAUCGAGCCUUUCAGUCCCGUGCUGGAACGAGCGAAGCUUCCUGGCCGUCAGACAACGUCCAAGCGCGAGCAACGAGCCGCUGAAGCAGAGCAGUCGCCCGAACCAGAGCCUGUACCCAAGUCAACCAGAACGCGUGCACGAACGAAACGGGACCGUAGUCCGCAUUCCGUCGUCUCGUCCACCGCCGAUGACCUGACACGAGGCACCCGCAGCCAAUCCGUCAGCACAGCAGCCGGCGCCCUCCCACCUUCCGACGACCGACCCACAAGCAGAGGCGACGUUAAGAUCGAACCCUCCACGCCCGCCGGCAUCGUCGACCUCCCCGAAUCCUCGCACGAAUACCCUCCCGUCCCCGGCAGCGGCCCCAUGACCCGCAAACGUCGCGGCACGCUCCAAUCCCAGCACCACCAACCGCCCUCCAAACGUGCCCGCCAACGCUCACCCGACCGCGGCCCGUCGGUGGAAGACUGGGCCACCCCUCCACCCCGACCGACUACCAUCACCGCUACCCGCAACCUCAACAAGAUCUCCGCCGCGAUUAUGCAGGACAUCGAACGCCACAAACACGCCUCUUACUUUGCCAACCAGGUGCGCGACAAGGACGCCCCGGGGUAUAGCGAGAUCAUUAAGAACCCCCAGAGUUUUAAGUCCGUCCGGGGUAUGCUCACCGCUGGCGCCAAGGCCGUGAACGCUGCGUCCGCUUCCUCUGACUCCCCCUCUACUUCCACCGCAGACACCGCCGCGCCGACCGUCGACCUCGACCGUUCUGCCGAUUUAAUGCCCCCGAAAGCCAUCGUCAACGCCGCGCAGCUGGAAAAGGAGAUCCUCCGUGUUUUCGCGAACGCCGUGAUGUUUAACCCGGGCGAGGACGGGAUGGUGAAGGUGGCGCGGGAGAUGUGUGCAGAUGUGGAGGGCAAGGUUGGCGAGUGGAGGGGUAGCAGCGGUGAAGAGGAAGGGAGGGGCGGGAGUGAGGUUUUGGACGCCGGGGAGGAGGAUGGGGGGAGGGGGAAGAGGAGGAAGGGGUAG